AUGGGGUUGGACCGUGGUAUGCAGGCGGUCGCCACCGCCGCGGUCUUUAACGCGUUUGCCCUGCUGUUCAUCCUCAUUCGUUGCGUCUCUCGCUUCACCAUCAUCAAACAGGUUGGGCCUGAGGACUACCUCAUCAUCUUUGCUCUGAUUCUCUCAAUUGGACUGACGGUGACCAUUGUUCUCCAAGAGGAACACGGCUUGGGCCGCCAUUCAGAUACGGUCAGUGUGGAGGACAACGAGACAUUAUCCAAGCUCUUGUACGCCAGCAUUAUCAUCUAUAACCUGGGUCUCUUCGUUGUCAAAGACUCGAUUCUCUACCAAUAUUUGCGGUUCUUUGUCCGGAGAAGCUAUCGCAUCGCGGCCUGGGGUUUGAUGAUAUUUAUCUCUGUGGCCGGCCUCGUCAUGAUCGUGACCUCCUGUGUUUCAUGCCAGCCUGUCGCGUAUUUCUGGGACAAAACCAUCGAAGGAGGCCGUUGCAUCAAUCUGCUUGCUUUCUGGUUCAGUUUCUCAGCAUUCAAUAUCGCCACCGAUCUGGCGGUCUUGCUGCUUCCGAUGCCUGUUUUGAAAAGCUUACGACUUCCCAGGAAGCAGAAGAUGAGUUUGAUUGCCGUUUUCGCCUUGGGCAGCUUUGGCUGUGUCACCGCCAUCCUCCGCCUCCAUGCCUUAUACAUCACGAGUGUGUCGACCGACCUAACCUACGACAACGUAGGGGCCGCCACCUGGUCAGCCGCUGAAUUGAAUGUCGGCAUCAUGUGCGCUUGCAUCCCAGCUAUGCGUCCCAUCAUCAGCCUCAUCUUCCCCCGUUUUCUCUCAAGUACACAACGGGACAACAUCUCAGAUCCGUACCCGAGAGGCGCCUCUUAUUAUCGAAAUGACAGCGUUGUGGAGCUGUCUCAGGUCGGGAAAGUUCACAGUGAUGUCAGCCGAGAUGACACCGUGAGCUUCGACACCACGCAUGCUCCGAAUACCAUUCGAGUCAAGCAAGAAUGGGCCAUUUCGGAGCGCGAGCAGCCUUGA